AUGGCGAACGCGCGUCUUGCAAUUCGCUCCUCGAGAGCUUUCUUCUCUCUCGGCCAGCCAGCGCGGCCUUUCUCCGUCUACGCGGCGCGAUGCAACGAAUUCGAAGCUCUGAACAAGCGCGCCAACGACACCGCUCCCGAGUAUCGCAGGAUUCAGACCUCUAGGACGGUCAACCCUCAUUUGACCAACACUACCUCGACCAUUGCCAACGAAAUGCCAAACGUAGGCAAGGACGCGCCGCCUCCAGAGCUGCUCACUUCUGUUGAUUCGAGCUUCACACCCAAAGAUGCAGUACCGGAGAACACAGAGCGCAUGACUGGUGGCACACAAGGUAGCAAGAGCGAGGACGUUAGUGGGUCGAACCAGGAUCUCAAAGGCACGAAGGAACUCGGUGUAGGAGAAUUGGAGGGUGCAUCUUUCAAGGUGGAGCCGUUGAGGCGAACGGGCGAGGACGAGAACACCAUGCGGGCGAGGUUAUUAUAUCAGUGCCGCAAGAGGGGAACCCUCGAAAGUGAGCUUCUCAUGUCCACCUUCGCCGACGAAAACCUUGCCACCAUGAACGCCAAGCAACUUGAGCAAUUCGACCUCUUUCUCGACGAGAACGACUGGGACAUUUACUACUGGGCGACGCAAGAACCCACUCCAACAUCCAUGGAAACGGCGGAGGGACAGUCGGGCGAACUUGCGACUGAGAACGCGCGGGGUCAGGAGAAGGACGAGUGGAAGAGGCAGCCUGCGAAAGGCGAGUGGGCGCAAACGGUCGGCACGUUCAAGCCAGCGUACCGACCUGUGCCGGCGAGGUGGAAGGACAGCGAAAUUCUUACUAUGCUAAGAGACCAUGUCACAAGUAGGAGUGCUGGUGGCGUGCAAGAAGGAGGCGCGAAGGUGGGCGGGAAAGGUUUGGCACAGGGAGUCAAGGGUACGGGCGGUGGUGGACUAGGGAUGAUGCCUGAGAUUCGACAAUUUGACAAGUAG